GUUUCUUCACCAGGAUAGCAUCCCUCUUGAAUUAUAUAAUCACGCAAAAAAAGGCUAACCGUUUGCUGUUUGGCUAUCCCCCAAUAAAAAGUCGAUGGGCAUCAACGCAUCGCAUCACGGACAUACUUUCCCCUCACUAACCGCUGGCUCUCUCCCUUUCCAAUAAUCAUGGCAAGCAACGGCGCGCUAGUAUGGAUUGACUGUGAGAUGACGGGUCUUGACCCCGAUCACGACGAAAUCAUUGAGAUCUUUUGCAUCGUUACAACUGGUACGCUGGAUAUUCUAGACGAGAACGGCUGGGGAACUGUUAUCCAUCAAUCGCAGGAGAGAAUGGACCAGAUGGACGAAUGGUGUACCCGGACGCAUAGGGAUAGCGGCUUGACUGCCGCUGUGGUAGCUUCCAAAGUCACCCCUGAACAAGCAGCCGAUGAACUGUUGGCAUACAUUAAAAAGUAUGUGCCCGAACGAGGUGCAGUGCUAGCCGGCAACAGCGUACAUGCGGACCGGGCAUUCCUUGGGAAAGAGCCGUACAAGAAGGUAGCCCGUUACCUGCACCACCGGAUUCUGGAUGUUAGCACUAUAAAGGAGGCCGCACGGCGAUGGUGUCCCAGAAGCAUCAUAAAGAACGCGCCGGUAAAAGAGGGACUACACCAAGCUAAAGAGGAUAUCCUCGAGAGCAUUGCCGAAGCUCGAUAUUAUAAGGAGGUGAUUUUCGAACAUGCCGUUGACCGUGUUGACAAAGCAAACGACGAUACAAGUCAAGAGCAGGCUGCAUCAGGUACCUAGGUAGUUUAAUAGCGAAUUACCUAAAUGCCUCCUAUUUUAUUUUCAGCAUGAAGUUCGCGAUUGGCGUCUAUCGCGCGCGGCAUCGGAAAAGGGCGGGACGCGGUCACGCAGCGGAAAUAGAAAGAAGAUUGGGUGGAACUUCUGCGUGGCAAAUCCUUUUGUUGAUGAUGCUUUUCAUCCCCAACUGUAUAAUGGAUUUUAUUUAUUUACUUAUAUUUUUGUUCUCAGAGGUGAUUAAUAAU